GUUCGCGGUGGCGGCGGGCGCCCGGUGAGCGCGACGGCUGGACUUGCCGGCCGGCGCCUUGGGGGCGGCCGCGGUGGAGCCAGCGGCCAGAGGCCGCGUCCGUCCAUGGGCCCACAGCGGCCGGGCGGCGGGGCGGGGCGCGAGGCGGCGCGCGCGCUCUGAGGCCGCGGUGAGCAGGCGGGGCGCGGCACGAGAGGGGAGGCCUUUCCGGGCCUGCGGCGGCCAGCGCAAAAUGCGGCGGCGGCCGCGCUGAGUCCCCGACCUCCGGGAGCGCGCUGGGCCGUGGCGGCCCGCUCCGCGGCCCCCUAGCCGACAUGUCGGCGGCCAAGGAGAACCCGUGCAGAAAAUUUCAGGCCAACAUCUUCAACAAGAGCAAGUGUCAGAACUGCUUCAAGCCCCGCGAGUCGCAUCUGCUCAACGACGAGGACCUGACGCAGGCAAAACCCAUUUAUGGUGGCUGGCUGCUCCUGGCUCCAGAUGGCACCGACUUUGACAACCCAGUACACCGGUCACGGAAAUGGCAGCGACGAUUCUUCAUCCUUUAUGAGCAUGGCCUCUUGCGAUAUGCCCUGGAUGAGAUGCCCACCACCCUUCCUCAGGGCACCAUCAACAUGAACCAGUGCACAGAUGUGGUGGAUGGGGAGGCCCGCACAGGGCAGAAGUUCUCCCUCUGCAUCCUAACACCUGACAAGGAACAUUUUAUCAGGGCAGAAACGAAGGAGAUCAUCAGUGGGUGGUUAGAGAUGCUCAUGGUAUAUCCUCGAACCAACAAGCAGAACCAGAAGAAGAAACGGAAAGUAGAGCCACCUACGCCACAGGAACCUGGGCCUGCUAAGAUGGCUGUCACUAGCAGUAGUGGUGGCAGCAGUGGAAGCAGCAGCAGCAGCAGCAGCAGCAGCAUUCCCAGUGCUGAGAAGGUCCCCACCACCAAAUCCACACUCUGGCAGGAAGAAAUGAGAGCCAAAGACCAACCUGAUGGGACCAGCCUGAGUCCAGUUCAGAGUCCCAGCCAAAGCCAACCUCCUGCUGCUUGCACCCCACGGGAAACAGGGCUAGACAGCAAAGAAGAUGAAAACAUUUUAAGUGGGGACCGUGUGGAUGGUGGUCGGAAAGUACGGGUAGAAAGCGGCUACUUCUCCCUGGAGAAGGCCAAGCAGGACCUGAGGGCUGAGGAACAGCUGCCCCCACUACUCUCUCCACCCAGCCCCAGCACCCCACACAGCAGGUAUGGUUGUCCUGGAUCGCCUUCACAGGAACUCAGCCACCCCCUUCACUCCCCAGGUCUUCCAGCCCCAAGCCGCAUGGUCUACAGCAUCUGUCCUGACAGCCUGGGUGAGGCCAGCAGGCCGCCCAACCACAUGGACUCCAGCAGUGCUGGGGGGUGGGGAACAGAGAUACUGGGGAGCACCUUUGCCUUUAAAGCCAGCAGGCAGUAUGCCGCCCUGGCCGACGUCCCUAAGGCCAUCCGGAUCAGCCAUCGAGAAGCCUUCCAGGUGGAGAGAAGGCGGUUGGAGCAUAGGACUCGGGCCCGAAGCCCUGGCAGGGAAGAGGUGGCCCGUCUGUUUGGCAACGAGCGGAGGAGGUCCCAGGUAAUUGAGAAAUUUGAGGCCUUGGACAUUGAAAAGGCAGAGCACAUGGAAACCAACAUGCUGAUUCUGACCACUCCAUCCAGUGACACUCGUCAGGGCCGCAGUGAGAGACGGGCCAUCCCUAGAAAGCGGGACUUUGCCAGCGAAACCCCCACAGCUCCUCUCUCAGAUGCUUGUCCCCUGUCUCCACACCGAAGAGCCAAGUCAUUGGACAGGAGGUCCACAGAAUCCUCCAUGACGCCUGACCUGCUGAAUUUCAAGAAAGGCUGGCUAACCAAGCAGUAUGAGGAUGGCCAGUGGAAGAAACACUGGUUUGUCCUGGCAGAUCAGAGCCUGAGAUACUACAGGGAUUCCGUGGCUGAGGAGGCAGCUGACCUAGAUGGAGAAAUUAACUUGUCCACUUGCUAUGAUGUCACUGAGUAUCCAGUCCAGAGAAACUAUGGCUUUCAGAUACAUACCAAGGAGGGUGAGUUCACCCUGUCGGCCAUGACAUCUGGCAUACGACGGAACUGGAUCCAGACCAUUAUGAAACAUGUGCUCCCAACAUCUGCCCCAGAUGUGACCAGCUCAUUGCCUGAGGGAAAGAAUAAAAGCACAUCUUUUGAUACCUGCUUAAGGCCAAGUGAGAAGCAAGAAGCUGAGCCAGGAGAACCAGAUCCUGAGCAGAAGAAAAGCCGUGCACGAGAGCGGAGGCGGGAGGGUCGCUCCAAGACCUUUGACUGGGCUGAAUUCCGCCCCAUCCAACAGGCCCUGGCUCAAGAAAGGGCCAGCACUGUUGGGUCUUCUGAUUCUGGUGACCCUGGGUGUCUGGAAGCCGAGCCAGGUGAGCUGGAGCGUGAACGAGCUCGACGGCGAGAAGAACGCCGCAAGCGCUUUGGGAUGCUGGACACCAAUGAUGGACCAGGAAUGGAGGAUACAGCCCUACGUAUGGACAUUGACCGGAGCCCAGGGCUGCUGGGAACCCCUGACCUCAAGACACAGAAUGUCCAUGUGGAAAUUGAGCAGCGGUGGCACCAAGUGGAGACCACCCCUCUCAGGGAGGAGAAACAGGUGCCCAUUGCCCCUCUGCACCUAUCCUUAGAGGACAGAAGUGAGCGGCUCUCCACACAUGAGCUCACCUCUCUGCUAGAGAAGGAGCUGGAGCAGAGCCAGAAAGAAGCUUCGGAUCUUCUAGAGCAGAAUCGGCUUCUGCAGGACCAGUUAAGGGUGGCCCUGGGCAGAGAACAGAGUGCCCGGGAGGGCUAUGUGCUGCAGACUGAAGUGGCCACCUCUCCAUCGGGUGCCUGGCAGAGGCUCCAUAGAGUCAACCAAGACCUCCAAAGUGAGCUGGAAGCUCAGUGCCGGCGGCAGGAGCUCAUCACACAGCAGAUUCAGACCCUGAAACAUAGCUAUGGGGAGGCCAAGGAUGCAAUCCGGCACCAUGAGGCUGAGAUUCAGACCCUGCAAACAAGACUUGGUGAUGCCGCUGCAGAGCUGGCCAUUAAGGAGCAGGCUCUAGCCAAGCUCAAGGGCGAGCUGAAGCUGGAGCAGGGCAAGGUUCGUGAGCAGCUGGAGGAGUGGCAGCACAGCAAGGCCGUGCUGCGUGGCCAGCUGAGGGCGAGCGAGCAGAAACUCCAGAGUACAGAAGCCCUGCUGUUAGAGAAGACACAGGAACUCAGGGACCUGGAAACAAAACAGGCAUUGCAACGAGACCGACAGAAGGAGGUGCAGAGGCUGCAGGAAUGCAUUGCUGAGCUCAGCCAACAGCUAGGUACCAGUGAGCAAGCCCAGCGUCUGAUGGAGAAGAAGUUGAAGAGGAACUAUACAUUGUUGCUGGAAAGCUGUGAGCAGGAAAAGCAGGCACUGCUGCAGAACCUGAAGGAAGUAGAGGACAAGGCCAGUGCCUAUGAGGAUCAGCUACAAGGCCAUGUGCAGCAGGUGGAGGCCCUCCAGAAAGAGAAGCUGAGUGAAACGUGCAAAGGCACUGAGCGGGUACACAAGCUACAGGAAGAGCUGGAGGCCCGAGAGGCCAGCAUCCGCCAGUUAGCCCAGCAUGUACAGAGCCUCCAUGAUGAAAGGGAUCUCAUCAAGCAUCAGUUUCAAGAGCUCAUGGAACGUGUGGCCACAUCUGAUGGGGAUGUGGCUGAGCUCCAAGAGAAGCUGAAGGGAAGGGAAGCUGACUACCAGAACCUGGAGCACUCACACCACAGGGUCUCCAUCCAGCUGCAGAGUGUGCGCACUCUGCUUAGAGAGAAGGAGGAGGAGCUGAAGCUCAUUAAGGAAGCACAUGAGAGAGUUCUGGAAAAAAAAGACCAAGACCUCAAUGAGGCUUUAGUUAAAAUGAUUGCCUUGGGCAGCAGCUUAGAGGAAACAGAAAUUAAGCUACAAGAAAAGGAAGAGUGCCUAAGGAGAUUUGUGAGUGAUUCUCCUAAGGAUGCCAAAGAGCCUCAAAGUACCACAGACCCAACGGAGGAGGACAGUGGCAUUUUGACCUUAGGCUCAGUCACCAGAGUAUUUCCUGGCUUUCCCCACUCACAGCCAGAGGAUGAAGAUCCAAGUGCUAGCCUGGGAGAAGAGGGUAGCAGUGGUAGCCUCAGCAGAGAGGAAAACAUCAUACCCCCAAAGUCAGCCGAUAUGCCUGAUAGGGAGGGGCAGCUGCAAAGCACAGUUAAGUCUGAUCAGGGAGCCCCUGUAAAAAGGCCAAGAAUCAGGUUCUCCACAAUCCAGUGUCAAAGAUACAUACACCCUGAGGGGUGUGCAAAAGCCUGGACUAGCAGCACAUCAUCAGACACCAGCCAGGACCAGUCACCAUCAGAGGAUAGUGUGUCCUCAGAAGCUACCCCUAGCACACUCCCAGCAGCUGCAGAUGCUGAAACAUACAUCUCUAUAAUCCACUCUCUGGAGACGAAGCUCUAUGUCACAGAGGAGAAGCUCAAAGAUGUAACUGUGAGGCUGGAAAGCCAGCAGGGGCAGAGUCAGGAGGCGUUGCUUGCACUCCACCAGCAGUGGGCUGGCACUGAAGCACAGUUGCGGGAACAGCUCCGUGUCAGCCUGCUACAGGCUAGCACUCUGGCCUCUCAGCUAGAGCAGGAAAGACAACAGAAGGUCACAAACAUUGAGCACCACUCUGGGGAGCUGGAAGACUUCCAAGCCAAAAAUAGCCAAGCCCUGACAUGCUUAGAAAACUGCUGGGAAAAGCUAAGGUCUUUGCCACAGGCCAACCAGGAGGAGGGCCAGGAUGCAUGUGCAGCCUCCCUGGCUAACAUAGAGAGUAUGCUUGUGAGUGCCAUCAAGGCCCUACAACCAUGGGCUUCCCCUGCAGAGAGCAGGAUGCAGGCAGAGAAAGAAAAGGGGCACCCCAUGGAAAGUGGUAUAGCAGCCCCUAUGCAGCAGCCCUGUCAGCCCAUCUUGAAUGAGCAGGAGCACAGGAAGCUGCUUUCUGCUCAAAUAGUCCUGGAGGCCUCACUCAUCAACCAGAUAGCUGACUCUCUAAAAAGUACCACUUCAAAUGUGUAUGGUGUUCUCUGUGAGCUUACUCAGUCGGGGGAGUGGCCACUGAAGAAAGAAAGUGCUGCCCCCUCUGCUGGGGCUCCAAUGGAGAUCUGGGCCAAGAAGGUACUGGUGAAUGGUGAGUUCUGGAGCCAGGUCGAGUCACUAAGUAAACACCUAGGGACACUAGGAGAAGAAACAGCCUGCACAUCAGCAGACAAGCAACAGCAUGUUCCCCAGAGUCUGGCUGAUGCCACAUGGAUCCGUGCAGAGCUCAGCUAUGCCACACAAUCAGUAAGAGAAUUGUUCCACCAUAGGCUGCAGAGCAUACAGGAGACCCUACAGGGGACCCAGGCUGCCCUACAGCAGCACAAGUGCAUGCUGGGAGAAAUCUUGGGAGCCUACCAAACCCCAGACUUUGAAAGAGUAAUACAGCAGAUCUUAGAAACCCUUAGGCAUCCAACUGACAGGGAAGACCAUGUACAGACAUCCUGGGACCAGAGCCCAUUAGGAGAGGUACUGAGACCAGGCACAGAUGGCUCCCAAGAGCCUUUGCAGGCGUUUCAUCAGAGCCCUGAAGUCCUUGCUGCCAUUCAGGAUGAACUGGCCCAGCAGCUGAGAGAAAAGGCUAGCAUCCUUGAGGAGAUUUCAGCUGCCUUGCCAGUCCUGCCUCCCACAGAGCCACUUGGGGGUUGCCAGAGGCUUCUGCAGAUGUCCCAGCAUCUCUCAUAUGAUGCUUGUCUAGAGGGCCUUGGUCAGUAUUCUUCAUUACUGGUUCAAGAUGCAAUUAUUCAGGCUCAAGUAUGCUAUGCAGCAUGCAGAAUUCGGCUGGAAUAUGAAAAGGAGCUGCAAUUUUACAAGAAGGCCUGUCAGGAGGCUAGGGGGGCUUCUUGCCAGAAGCGUACACAAGCAGUUGGGGCCCUGAAAGAAGAAUAUGAAGAACUUCUCCACAAGCAGAAGAGUGAGUACCAAAAGGUUAUCACCCUCAUUGAAAAGGAAAACACUGAGCUCAAGGCCAAAGUGAGCCAGCUGGACCAUCAGCAGAGAUGUCUACAAGAAGCAGAAAGCAAGCACAGUGAGAGCAUGUUUGCCCUACAGGGCAGGUAUGAGGAAGAGAUCAGGUGCAUGGUGGAGCAGCUGAGCCACACUGAAAAUACAUUGCAGGCUGAGCGUAGCCGGGUUCUCAGCCAGCUAGACGCCUCAGUCAAAGACAGGCAAGCCAUGGAACAGCAUCAUGUGCAGCAGAUGAAGAUGCUGGAGGACAGAUUCCAGCUGAAGGUCCGGGAGCUGCAGGCUGUUCAUCAGGAGGAACUCAGGGCCUUGCAGGAACACUACAUAUGGAGCAUGCGGGGAGCCCUCAGCCUCUGCCAACCCUCACACCCAGAUUCCCCACUGGCCCCUGGGCCAUCUGAGCCCAGAGCUGUGCCAGCAGCCAAGGAUGAGGCUGAGUCCAUGACCGGGCUUCGAGAACGUAUCCAGGAGCUGGAAGCCCAAAUGGGUGUCAUGCGAGAGGAGCUGGGCCACAAAGAGCUGGAGGGUGAUGUGGCCGCCCUACAGGAGAAGUACCAGCGGGACUUUGAGAGCCUCAAGGCUACAUGUGAGCGAGGCUUUGCCGCCAUGGAGGAGACACAUCAGAAGAAGAUUGAAGAUCUACAGAGGCAACACCAGCGGGAGCUAGAGAAGCUGCGGGAGGAAAAAGACCGUCUCCUGGCUGAGGAGACAGCUGCCACCAUAUCAGCCAUUGAAGCCAUGAAGAAUGCUCACCGAGAGGAGAUGGAACGGGAGUUAGAGAAGAGCCAGCGGUCUCAGAUCAGCAGCAUCAAUUCAGACAUAGAAGCCCUGAGGCGACAGUACCUGGAGGAGCUACAGUCAGUGCAGCGAGAGCUGGAGGUCCUUUCGGAGCAGUACUCUCAGAAGUGCCUGGAGAAUGCACACCUAGCCCAGGCGCUGGAAGCUGAGCGGCAAGCCCUGCGGCAGUGUCAGCGUGAGAACCAAGAGCUCAAUGCCCACAACCAGGAGCUGAAUAACCGCCUGGCUGCGGAGAUCACACGGUUGCGGACACUACUGACUGGAGAAGGUGGUGGGGAAUCCACUGGGUUGCCUCUCACACAGGGCAAGGAUGCCUAUGAGUUAGAGGUCUUGUUGCGGGUCAAAGAGUCAGAAAUUCAGUACCUGAAACAGGAGAUCAGCUCUCUCAAGGAUGAACUCCAGACAGCCCUGCGGGAUAAGAAGUAUGCGAGCGACAAGUACAAAGACAUCUACACAGAGCUCAGCAUCGCGAAGGCCAAGGCUGACUGUGACAUCAGCAGGCUGAAGGAGCAGCUGAAAGCAGCCACAGAGGCACUGGGCGAGAAAUCUCCUGAAGGCACUACUGUGUCAGGAUAUGACAUAAUGAAAUCUAAAAGCAAUCCUGACUUCCUGAAGAAAGACAGAUCCUGUGUUACCCGGCAACUCAGAAACAUCAGGUCCAAGUCCGUAAUUGAGCAGGUCUCAUGGGAUAACUGAGUCGCGCCCGCUUCCAAGUCCCCUGUCGUAGUCUGAAGGAAGGCCUGACGGUGCAGGAGCGCUUGAAGCUCUUUGAAUCCAGGGACUUGAAGAAAGAUUAGCUGCAUCCAUUCCACUGACACAUCCUUCCCAGCUGGUGGCAGCACAAGCCAAGAGUGGCUUUCAUCUGUGCUUUCUCAUUGUUGCUGUCAUUAACUGUGGGUAUGGAUGCAUGAGAGACUGCUGUGGGGUGUUUGCUCCAUUCCCUCCCUGUUAAUUCCAACUUCCUGUUGUCUUUAUCACAGCUUUUUUCCCAUGGUAUUCUCAGAUUAGUCACGCGAAAGCAGUAGAGUGGGGAGGUGUCCCCACUGACACCUGAGCAGCCCCUUGUCCUCCCACCACACUGUCAGUAUUAAGGCACAACAGCCUGUUAAUAAGCUAGCCCUGCCUCGGAGUGCACGUGGGGACGGACCUGCCAGUGGCUCUGCUCUGCCACACACAGCGGAGCACCACCCUUGCUGGGUAGAGCAGAGCCACCGAAUGUUCUAGGUUGACCUGGUUUCUGAAGGGCCUAGGAUAGUGUCCAGCCUGGCCCACUUCCUUUUGAUGUGGGAGGAGGACAGCAUUUUGUAUUUGGCCCACUAAUGCAGCUUAGAACCAUACCCAGAUAAUCCUGGCAAAUCUUUCACGACCUGGAAAAUGUUGAAAGCAACCAUUCCUAUUUUGGUUUUUUAUUAAAUCUUGCACAAAAGUCCCAGCCCUCUCAUUCCUUCCUCCGCUCGUGCCUCCCUUGCUGUGCUAAUCCUGGUCUGGUCGCCUGGAAUAGUGACCUGCACCCUGAAGCUCCAGCCUUGUCCUGUGUGAUGGGUCCUUCCCAGGGUCAUCUAAAGGGAACAUUGCUGAGUUUUAAUCUGUCUGAAAAGAAGCUGUCAUUGCUUGGGGAAGGGUGAGGAGAAGACUGUGUGCUCAGACUCUGAUUUGUCUGGGCCCUGGAAGGUUCCCUUGAAUUGUCUGCUUCUCAUGGAGCCUGUGCUAAUUUUGCUUUUCUAGCUGAACAGGACCUUUCCAACUACCCAAAGCAUUCUACAGCACUUCCUUUAAAAAAAAAAACAAACAAACAAAAAAAAAACCACUUUAUUUAUAUUCUCAGAAGAAAGCAUUCAUACUGUAAGGUGCAGCACACACAAGAGCCACCAGGUCAGAUGGGGAGUCAGUGGCCUCACAACUAGAUCCCACAUCCUGGCUUGUUAGUACUAAGUGGGUCAGAUGGUCUCUGAGUGACAAACUCAAGUCAUGAGUCUCCUAAUGGCUCUACAUGAGUUGAUGUUCAAGGUCAUCCACAAAAUCUAGGCUGGCCUAAUAGAUGGAUUUGUGACAUACCAAAGUGUGCCACUGACCAGCAGACAAGCCCUGAGCCUCCCCUUUGCACAAGUUUUUAUGUUCCACUCUGGCACAUGCUCAGUGACAAUUUAUGUUUUCAGCAUUCUGGGCAAGUCAGACCUUUUAAAAUGAGCUGCUGUUGAAACUGAGCUUUGAACUCAAUGGGCUGGCCUUUGGGAGCUGUAGCCCUGUGUUGAGGACUCCUCUUCUCUGAUAGGGUUUCUUUGUGGCUAUCCUGCUGCCCUUGGGACCCCCUGGCCCAGUGUAAUUAUCUUCCUGCCUCGUGAUUCCUGGGAUGCUACAAAGAGCCUGCUGAAGAUGCCAAGCCUACCAUUCAAAAGGACAUUUGAUCUUUUGCUCUUCACCUCAGAAUUCUAGGAUCUGAACUUUGCUAAAAAUACAAGUAUCUGGGUGUCAGAGGCAAGGGCUGGGAGACAGGCACACUGCACCUAUCUUAGCUGUCACUCAAGGCUCUUACUGCAGGCUGGCUCAUUCUGCCGUGAUACAGCACACACUGCUCCAGGGCUUGGUUUCAUGUGUGGGUAUUUGGUAUGUUGGCCAAAUGCGGAACCGGUACAGAACAGAGAUUCCUGGAUUAUCCCUCACUGUCCAAGCCAGUCUGAGCAGUAACAUAUGGAUCCGGGAGCAUCUUGAGAUUCUUGGUGGUGACUUCUGGCCUCUGACAAAAUGAACCAAACAAGAAGUUGGCCUUUCUGAGUCCCUGAUGGCCAUGCAGGUCCACUGCAGCAGUUUACCUUGGACUGUCCAUGUCCUCUGUCCAUUCCUUCCCUCACUCCCUGAGCCAGGUUCACUUUUCCCUGACCUCCCUACAGGCUUCCCAUUCCCCAGAAAGAAGCUGAAGCUGGUGUAUUCAGAGAGGCGGUAUCGGAUGUGCAAGUGGAGUUGGUCCUGGUAUACGUAGAAGAGGACGCUUGGCUGAGGAUGGGUGGUGUAGAUCAAGAAGUCACAGGUUGCUCCCCGGUCCAAUCAGUGGCAUGUUUUCCCCACUUCAUGGUAGGAGCAGAAUUUUAUUUUCCUAUGAAAACACAUUUGUGGUCUGCCAGCAUCUAUAAGCAAACUGCCAUUACAUGAAACAUACCUGACUUCAUUUGACAGUUAAUGUUAAUAUGCUCAAAUUACGUCUUGCACAUGUGCCUAGCACCAGAGCAAAAGCACAUUUGUCACACAGGGCUUCUGGCUCCACCUUUACCAGUAUGGUUGUGGCCACAGUGCCAGGACCAUAAUAGGAGGCCAGAGCCCCAUGAAGUAGGGAAUCACCAGAGGGAACAAUGCUGGGAAUGUGUGGAUUCACUGAGUGAAAGCAAAGGUCUAAGUUGACCUCUACUGGAUCCAGAAAAACACUGAACUGGGCAUAGUGGUUUAUGUCUGUACUCCUACUACUCGAGGCUCCAAAGUACCAGGUCAGUCUGGACUAUAUAGCAAAACUGUCUCAAAAUACAGAUAGGCUAAGGGGGAUGGAUGGAUGGAUAUAUAAUUUGGGGUUCAACUACAGCACCACAAAGAGCACACUUGUGGUCUUUAGAACAUUUGUCUAAAGGGAGCCUGAGAUAUUUGACUAGGAAACAGAAUGGGUGUGAAAGAUAUUUGACGGAAUGUGUACUACUGUUAACUUCCCUACAGGGGAAGAUGGUGCACUGACUUCUUUCUACCAUGGAACUGCAGAGAACUAAGCACACUACACUGCUGACACCUAGCUGGUGCUGAGGAAAGUAGCUGGAUAGCACACAGCCUCAACUGUUUGUGUAAACCUGGGCAUCAGCUCAGAUUCCUACAGGCCUGUCCCACACACCAAAGAAACUCCUGACCUCCAGCUAUGCCCUGGCUCUCUCAAAGACAGGCUGGAUAAGCACCCAGAGCUCUAAGCAGCCUUCCUACUUAUGCCAUACUCCAUGUAAGUACCCAAUGCAAGCUGGCAGCUACAGGUACUAACAGUCCCCAGAUGCAUAGUAAUACCCAAACCGCAGACUUUGCUGGUAGAGGGACAGUAAUUACCUCUCAGCUGAUUGUCCUGCACCUGCAGUGCAGGAGGGUUAGCUGUUCUUGCUAUGCUGUAAAGAUGACAUCACCUAGUAAAAGCUAUGCUGAGACUAUCAGUGUAGGGGACUCAAACAGCCUUUCUCAAGGGAGCUCCCAGCAUACCAUAGGACACCCUGUGAUCUGCACUUCACUUGCUCAGCCUUUCCUGUAUUAUCAGAGCAAGUAAUGUAAAGUAUUUUUUUUUUUUUUUUUGGUUCUUUUUUUCGGAGCUGGGGACCGAACCCAGGGCCUUGCGCUUCCUAGGUAAGCGCUCUACCACUGAGCUAAAUCCCCAGCCCCCAAUGUAAAGUAUUUCUAAGAUGGGGUAUAGGGGAUUUUUGUGCAAAUUUUGUAUGAGUUUUUAAAAUAUCUUUAGCUACCCCUUUUGAAGGUAUGUAAAGGCAGCAUUCAGUGCAAACCCCUCUCAAAUAUCAAGUUAGCUAGGUAUGAUAGCUCACAUAUUUGAUUGGCACUUGGGAGGCAGAAGUUCAAGACCAACCUGGUCUACAUAGAGUUCUAAAAGAACGAAGGUUACACAGUAAAACCCUGUCUACAAAUAAAACCAAAAAAGGCUAUGUUAAUAAGUAACGUCUUAAAGUUUUGGUUAUGCGGGUUGGAGAGAUGGCUCAGUGGUUAAGAGCACUGACUGCACUUCCAGAAGUCUUGAGUUCAAUUCCCAGCAACCACAUGGUGGCUCACAACCAUCUGUAAUAGGAUGCUCUCUUCUGAAGUGUAUGAAGACCAACUACAGUGUACUCACAUAUAAAUAAAAUAAAUAAAUCUUAAAAAAAAAAGUUUUGGUUCUGCAACAAACUCUGAAGAGUGUGUCCUUACCCACACUCAUGGCAAGUCCUUAUCAAUACCCUGAUUCCUGUUUAAAGUAUUCUGUGAGAUUUGCAUGGGGCCACUCAAGGAACACCACUAUUAGGAGGACUUUCGGAAUCUGCCCUCAGGUUUCUCAGGGUGUUCUUGUUAGGGGAACUGGCUGGGAGCAUAGGCUUUAGGUCCAGGUGCCUGGCUCUGAUGACUGUGGCUUAUGUGCAGAGCAGCUCCACAGCAGGGUUUCUGUGCUGGUAAGGAGCCAGCCCAGUGUGGAGUUAAAAAUGGGACAGCCCAAAACUGAAGGACUUCAGAGCCUCUCCAGUUCCCCAUGGGUCACAGGUCAGCCUGGAGCAGCUCCCAUUGUGGGGCAGGGUUCCAUAGCCAGCAUUUGCCAUAAAGUGGUGCCAUUGUUAAGAAGCCUAUUCCAGCCUGCCACAGUCAACAUGCCAUUGGCUCAUUGCUCCUUUACAAGUCAGUCAAACCACACAUCUAAUUUUAUUUUAGCAAGGAAUAGAUUGUAAAGAACACUGACUUCACUGAUAUAUUUUGUUUUUAUCACAAACUUUGAUUUAAUUGGAUUUUAAAUCAUUUUAAGAUUUACCUUCAGUAUUAAUGCUUUAAUGCCAGGAUCCAAAACAAGUUCUGUGGUUACUAACCAACAUGGCUUUCUGUAGGUUUGCUGUAUAGAAUAUUAAAAAACCCUGGUUACAGUGGCUCCUUGACAAUCAGAACUCUAGGUGACCUUCCAUUACUGCUGUUUGACUGGAGGUGGGGGUAGAGUGCGUGUUUGUGAACAGAGGCCUGGCAGGGCCUCUUCACUACAUCUUGACAGAAACAGACUUGGACCAUCUCACCUGCUACUUAGGUAUUUUGUUCUGAUACAGUCAAUCCAGUUGCCAAACUAAAAAUUACAUGUAGAAGAAAACGGAGCCUCACUGAGCCAGAGUGGCUUCAAGCAUAGCUUCUCAGAGCCAGCUUAGGCCUCUGUGUAUCCACAGAGUGUGGCCUCCUGCAGAUAAAGUGUCCCCCAACUCAUUUCAAGAUUUUAUGGUUUGGUGUAAGGCAUUUCCCUACAAAGUUGUGGUCAGGUGUUCACUACAAUUGAAAUGCUAAUUUGUAGAAAUAUUUAUUCCUUUGUGUGACAAGCUAGAGUCCUUGGCUGUAGCUAACCAUUUUUUAUUGUGUAAAUACUGCUUGAUUUUACAUGAACUGUAUCAUAAUAAACUAUUUUUGCAUUGCU